UGCCCGGGGCCUGUGAGUGGGAGUUCCAUCUCUGCUCCAGGACCCAGGGGAUCCUUGGCUGACAAGGUGACAAGUCUUCACAUCCCAUUCCAGAUUUGAACAGCACCAUGGGGUGCAAAGUUCUGCUCAGCAUCGGCCAUCAGAUGCUGCGCCGGAAGGUCGUGGACUGCAGCCGGGAGGAGAGCCGGCUCUCUCGUUGCCUGAACACUUUUGACCUAGUGGCGCUGGGAGUGGGCAGCACGCUCGGUGCCGGCGUGUAUGUCCUGGCCGGAGCUGUGGCCCGUGAGGACGCGGGCCCUGCCAUCGUCAUCUCCUUCCUGAUUGCGGCGCUGGCCUCGGUGCUGGCCGGCCUCUGCUAUGGAGAGUUUGGUGCUCGGGUCCCCAAGACGGGCUCAGCCUACCUCUACAGCUACGUCACCGUCGGGGAGCUCUGGGCCUUCGUCACUGGUUGGAACUUAAUCCUCUCCUACAUCAUCGGUACUUCGAGCGUGGCGAGAGCCUGGAGCGCCACGUUUGACGAGCUGAUCGGCAGGCCCAUCGGGGAGUUCUCGCGGAGGCACAUGGCCCUGAACGCCCCCGGAGUGCUGGCCGAAAACCCAGACAUAUUUGCCGUGAUCAUAAUUCUUAUCCUAACAGGACUUUUAACUCUCGGCGUGAAAGAGUCAGCCAUGGUCAACAAAAUAUUCACCUGCGUCAACGUUCUGGUCUUGGGCUUCAUAAUGGUGUCAGGGUUCGUGAAAGGGUCGAUUAAAAACUGGCAGCUCACGGAGGAGGACUUCAGGAACACAUCCCACCAUCUCUGCCUGAACAAUGACACAAAAGUAGGGAAACCUGGCGAUGGUGGAUUCAUGCCCUUUGGAUUCUCUGGCGUCCUGUCAGGGGCAGCAACCUGCUUCUAUGCCUUCGUGGGCUUUGACUGCAUUGCCACCACAGGCGAAGAAGUCAAGAACCCCCAGAAGGCCAUCCCUGUGGGGAUUGUCGCCUCCCUCCUGAUUUGCUUCAUCGCUUACUUUGGGGUGUCUGCCGCCCUCACACUCAUGAUGCCGUACUUCUGCCUGGACAAAGACAGCCCCCUGCCCGACGCCUUCAAGCACGUGGGCUGGGAAGGUGCCAAGUAUGCGGUGGCCGUUGGCUCCCUCUGUGCUCUCUCGACCAGUCUUUUAGGCUCCAUGUUUCCCAUGCCUCGAGUCAUCUACGCCAUGGCUGAAGACGGACUGCUGUUCAAAUUUUUGGCCAAAAUCAACGAUAGGACCAAAACACCAAUAAUCGCCACGGUGACCUCGGGUGCCAUUGCCGCUGUGAUGGCCUUUCUCUUCGACCUGAAGGACCUGGUGGAUCUCAUGUCAAUUGGCACUCUCCUGGCUUACUCUCUGGUGGCUGCCUGUGUGUUGGUCUUACGCUAUCAGCCAGAGCAGCCUAACAUGGUAUACCAGAUGGCCAGAACCACCGAUGAGCUAGACCCAGUGGACCAGAAUGAGUUGGUGAGCACCAGUGAUUCCCAGACAGGCUUUUUACCAGAAGCAGAGAGAUUUUCCUUGAAAACCAUACUUUCACCCAGAAAUAUGGAGCCUUCUAAAUCCUCCGGGCUGAUUGUGAACAUUUCAACCAGCCUCAUAGCAAUUCUGAUCCUCACCUUCUGCAUUGUGGCCGUGCUUGGAAAGGAGGCGCUGACAAAAGGGGACUUGUGGCCAAUCCUUAUGCUCACCAUAUCUGCGCUUCUCUGCUCAGUGGUGACAGUCAUCAUCUGGAGGCAGCCUGAGAGCAAGACCAAGCUCUCCUUUAAGGUGCCCUUCUUGCCAGUGCUUCCCGUCCUGAGCAUCUUCGUGAACGUCUAUCUCAUGAUGCAGCUGGACCAAGGCACGUGGGUUCGGUUCGCAGUGUGGAUGCUGAUAGGCUUCGUCAUCUACUUCGGCUAUGGUUUGUGGCACAGCGAGGAGGCGUCCCUGGCCGCUGACCAGGCAAGGACUCCUGAUGGCAAUUUGGACCAUUGCAAGUGACAGGCAGCCCCGCCCCCAGAGGUGGCAGCAGCCCUGAGGGAUGCCUGCAGAAGCCCCGGAGCACCGCGCUCUCUCCACCAACAUAUCAGGACCCCCCCACAUCCACAAAGCCCCAACGCAGCAGAAGGUGCAACUACUUGAAAUGCAGCCUCGGCCCACAGCUCGUGUGUCUCGCCCAGACUAGCUCUUUGGCAGGUGCACUGGGUCCCAGUCCCCCCGACAGCUCCCGGCUGGGGCCGCUCGGCUGUGGCUUCUACUGUGUCUCCUGACAUCCCUCUGAGCAAAGAAAGCUGCUCCCACCCUCGCCAGCCUGGUGCCACACUGCUGCGGCCUCGGGCAGAAUGGCAGUCACCUUUCCUUGCUGCCUGGGGAGCCCAGGCCUCCCUCCCAAGGACCGUCCUGGCAUUGAACAUGUGCACACUCCAGACUGUCAGUGCCAGUCUCCCAGCUCAACCCCGAAGCCCGCUGCACUCGCCACAUGAGUGACCCAAACAGUGUGUCCCCAGCCGUUCUGCCCCCUAGAGCCAGAGGACAGCCGUACACUUAAAAAGGAAAAGCAAGACUGGGUUCCUUUGCCCACUGCUGUCCUCUGUGCUUCCAGAAGGGGUCAUUGGGAGCGGGAACCCUCUCCCACCCCCCCUUUCAGGCAGGGGCUCUGUCUGGACAGCUGACAGCACCCUGCCCCCUGCGCUGGUGGUACUGAGGGUGGGUGUCUCCGUCGCCGACCAGAAGGGGGCGCCGCUGUGGGCCCUGGGCAGGGGAACCAAGGGAUGCCUGGCCCUGCCCCUCACGCCUGGGGCCUCCUCCCGAGUACUCUCUCCGCCACCCAUUCUUGCUGCUUCCGGUAUCUCGGGGAUGGCGGCGUGUCCCCGUGAGUAACUGGAACGUGACACUGCAUUUGCGCGGGACUGGCCUCAGGUCAGCUGAGCUGAGAACACUGCUUCCUGCGGGUCUUUGCUGAGUCCCGCCCUCUGCCGCAGGCGGUCCACUUCUGGAGUCUGGCCAGGUUCUCAAGGCAGGUGUCCACUCCUCCCGAGGUGAUGGUGGCCGGUCCCCGCAGCUGCUUCUGGCCCCUCUCUUACAUAUAAUCAAGCCGAGUCCUCCGGUUAGCAUCCGUGAAUCACUCCAAAUUAAGUUGGCGCUUAGUAUUAACUUGGAAAAUGGCCAAAUAUUUCCUUGGUGUGGGGUCCACACCUGAGAAUCUGGAGUCAUGUUGCUGUCCCUGUCAUGUAUCUGGUCCAAACGCUGCAGGUUUGCAUAUGGGUUUGUGCUGCCCCGGACCUCCCGCCUCCACAGGCUGUGAGGUGGAGAGCCAGCGCGGGGCCCUGCACACAGCGUGCUCCCUCCCCUGCAGGAGCACUUACGGCUCACAUGCUCCUUGCAGAUAGGAGCCUGUGGAGGCGAGAACACUGAUCAAAUCUUCCUUCCCGUUAGAGUGCUGCUCAGGAGACCGAGACGCCCCAUGUUGAUGGGAGGUGAGGGACACGGCAUGUGAAUACCCCAGAAAGUGUAAAUGCUGCUUUCAAAGCCCAGGCUCCCAUUUCUUCCCCCUCUGGCCUUCGACACAAAUAUGGCAGAACAAAGCCUGAUAAGUUGAUGGCACUUGUCUGAUCUCCCUCAGUGAGUUCUUGGCGAGAAUUGCAAGGAUUCAGGAAAUGGCCAAAUGGCAGGGUCGGUCGGUGGGGGGCUGGCAGGUGGCCUCUGCGCCAGGCCCCCAUUGACCACCUUGUCGGAAGCUUUAUUCUCAAUUAUCAUUUGUGAGUGUUACAGAGGGCAGAGCAUAAGAGCCCAGAGUAUAGGUUUCCAAAGAAAGAUAUUUAAAUUUAUGUAGAUUGGUGCUGUACACUAUUUUGAUAAAUAUUAACUUAUUUUGAUGGGGUUUUGGUUGUCUUGCUGUCUUUUAGGGUUUGUUAGCUCUAUAUUUGCUUGAUUCAUUCAUCUCUUAUUUUUCCACAUAGACAAAGAGAACUCCAGGGAAAUAGAGUGUCCAAGAAAGGUGGAGGGGAGAGAAAAAAUUUGUCCUUGCUUUAAUUUCUUCUCCUGACUGAAAUUUCUGUGCAAGACAGCACACAACAGUGUGUGUGUGCCGGUGACAUGUGAGCCGGCAACGCGCAUCGUUCUGCCAGCUGAGGGGUGUGUUUGCGGAUAGCUGACGGCGCCGCGGGGUGAGGGCCUGCCGGCGGGGGGUCCCUCUCCCUCACCCCACGGCCGGAAGGCGUCUCAGGAAGGCUGGCCGGCUCGGCAGUGAGAAGCUGCGCUCCCUCCCGUUGGGGCCGCCAGCCUCCGGCGUAGGACAGGACGCCUGAGGGCGACACGGCUAAAUAGUCCGCGUGAUGACCGUGCUUUUAGUGUGUGUGCGGUUGUUUUCCUCUUCUGUCGUGAGAACGGUGAUGGAAGGAGCGCUGUGGGGGGUGAGCCUCCCCGGUGUGGACGGGCUUUUUCCCAGCCCAGCCUUCGUUCCUUCCCAAGGACACACACACACACACACACACACACACACACACACACACACACGCAAGAAAUAACCACCAGAAGUGCCCGGCAGUUGGCCCCCCACCAAGCAAGACUGAGUCUCUGUUUCAUGGCAUGGCCACUAUUUUCCUACAUAAUCAGAAAUCCCACACUUCUAGAGACGCCCUUCUGGGAUGUCGUGUCUGCUUUUAUCUGUGACCCAGCCCCGAAUACCCACAUUGGAAAGACCCAUUUGUGUUACGUAAGCACCCCUUUCUGCCUCCCAUAGUCCCCCCGCCCUACAGGUUUUCCUGACCCCACGAAGACUCACAAGCGAACCACGGAGCCCCAGGACCUCUGCUGAGGAGUGAGGGGUGCUGGGGUCACCAGUGAGGCCAUGGGGGGGUGCUGAGCCCCCUUCCAGGAGGACUUGCAGCCGGAGAGUGGGCCCCGCCCACCCCUCAGCCCACCCACCACUUAUACCCCCUCAGCCCAACUUUGGGCCCCAUUUGUUCUGGCAAGCCAAGAGCAGGGAGUGACAGGGCCAUCUGUCCCGGGCUGUUGGGAAAAGACUGCGGAAUUGAUGCUGUCGUCAGAGCUUCUCGGCUUCCUGACUUGCGGGUUUGCUCCACUGAGUCGUCCGUCAGGAGAUGAGCCUCCUGCUCCCUGGGUACUGGUGCUGUGGUCCAGGUGUCACAGGCCUCCUGCCUGCCACGUGUCCACAGGUGACCGCACCGCCGUGGGGGCCUCACCCUCCCGAGCUCCUGAGGCCCUGCCGUGAUCCCUUCUGCACCUUUGGUGCAGCCUGUGUGCACACCUGGGGAGGUGCCUGACCCUUGUUGGUGUGGCUUCCUGCCUGGCCGUGGACGUGACCUGGGCUCUGCUCUUUCCCCGCCCCUGCAUCCUUGCCACGGAGCGGCAGUUUUGAAGUGACUGAGUAUGCAGUCCGCACAGGAUGGCCCCUGGCCCAACACUAGCACAGUCCCAGGGCAGAGGCUGGGCUCCGUGGCUGUGUGUGGGCGUGACUCAUGAAGGCCCCACCCAGACUGGAAGUGGGCUCGUGGGCAUGGCAGGGGCCCUGCCGUGGGUGGAGGCCUGCUGGCUCUGUGCUAGGACCCAUCUUCUGGGUUCUCGUGUCCCGCUUUUACACCUCUAGUAGGGGCUGAUUGCUGUGUCGGCUUUCCAGAACCGGCUCCCUGAGACGGGAGCGAGGGCUUUCUGGGCCAGGCCCCGUCACCUAGGAGCUGAACGGAUGGAGGAGUGUUUCCAGGCAAGCCCACGCUCGGCCGGGCAUAGGUGUGCGACGCUUGUGUGCUAGUGCACGGAACUGUUACAGACUUUCCAGCAGAUGGAACUAAAUAUGUGUUACAUAUAAUUGUUAUGUAUAAUUUAAGAUACAUGUUUGCCAUCAUAACGACAGCAUUGUAAGUGAGGCUCCUUAGGGAGACUGAGAGAGACAUUUUUUCUGACUCUUGUGGACUUUUGUUUGGUAAUGAAAUGCUUUAUUGAUUCAGUGGUGCAAGAGGCUACACUCCGUAUUUCAUCAUCAGAGUUAUGAUGCCUUUUGGGUUGUUAAGGCAAAAAAAAAAAAAAAGCCAACUGACUUUGAUACUAUCGUCAUCACUAUAAUCCAGAGUCUUUAUUUGCCCAUUGUUUCUCUUUCAAGAGGGACGCGACCCAGCCAAGGGUCUCAGGGCACAAUUCUCCAGGGACCCUCCUGGAUCAUCCUGUAAGUGUGUUGAACUGCCGGCUGAAAAACCCACGUGAAAUAAAGACCUUGGCUGUGAGGUCCAAAUUGAAUUUCUCAGGGUAUGAGGAUGUCCCACAGUGUCAGGAAGACAUGCUUGACUUUGUUAAAUUAUUAACAAGGUAUAUGAUUUUUGGGUUUCUUGAUGACAAACUUUUUUUAAGUUUGGGACUUAUUUUCCCAUUUGAGGAGUUGUAAUAUAUGUAUUUAAAAUACGUUUCCUGCUUAAGUUGUGCCUUUCAGCGUCGAUGGGUCUAAAGAAACACAGAGGGUCAUGAUCCUGGUGAGGGCUGGUUUAUUAUCAAACCUGAAGAGCUGUGGUUUCUCCAGUAAACUUUUUUCUUCUACUGAAUGUGGAGUCGUUACUAAAAGAAUUGUGUUUCUUAUUAUGUAAAUUGUAUAAUAUUUUUUUGCUUGUUUGAUGUUCUAUUUUUCUAAUAGUUUUCUUAUAGUUUCUUACAAUUGUGAUACUAGAUUUAGAUUCUAACACACAACUGCAAAGCAGGCUGUCUGUGCUGGCCCCCUCUGUUUUUAUUCUAAGAACAAGCAUAGAGGUCAUCCAUCGCCUUUAAAAAAAUGUGAAACUCUGCAUCCCAUUUUUGCUGACAACACUGUAUGUUGACAACCUCCUACUACAUGUUGUAAAAUCCAACUAUUUUGUGGUACAUUAUCUCAUGCUUCUGCAAACUCUAAUAAAUUCUGUCUAUGGCUUCCAGCA